UGGUUUUCAUAUGGAGAAAGUUUAGGUGUGCAGUAUAUACUCUAUAUAUAUAUAUAUAUAUAUAUAUCUAUAUUGAUAUACAGAGCAAAGACCGGAUCAGAUCCUCAGUAUCCUCCUCUCUUGCUCUGUUUCUGCUACCCUUUCAGAUUUCUCUCGCUGUAACCCAAAAGUUAGUUCUGUUCACUCCUUCUAUGUCUCUCAGUCUCAGUUCGAUCACUUAUCUUUUAAAGUAAGGAAUGGCGCAGAUUUUGCUACACGGAACGCUUCAUGCCACGAUCUAUGAGGUUGAUAAGCUGCACGGUGAAGGUGGCCAUUUCUUCCGCAAGCUUGUGGAAAACAUUGAGGAGACUGUUGGUCUUGGAAAGGGAGUUACCAAACUUUAUGCAACUAUUGAUCUGGAAAAGGCUAGAGUUGGAAGGACCAGAAUAAUAGAAAAAGAAGCCUCCCACCCCAGGUGGUAUGAGUCUUUUCAUAUUUACUGUGCUCAUCUGGCUUCAAAUGUUAUAUUCACCAUCAAAGAUGACAACCCGAUCGGAGCUACUUUGAUUGGAAGAGCAUAUAUACCGGUUGAAGAACUCUUGGAUGAGGAAGAAGUGGAUAGAUGGCUUGAGAUCUUGGAUGAAGACAAAAAACCCAUUCGUGGAGGUUCUAAGAUCCAUGUGAAGCUACAAUACUUUGAUGUGACAAAAGACCGCAAUUGGGGACGAGGUGUAAGAAGUCCUAAAUAUCCUGGUGUUCCAUACACAUUUUUCUCACAGAGGCAAGGAUGCAAGGUUUCUCUUUACCAGGAUGCUCAUGUCCCAGAUAAAUUUGUUCCUAGAAUCCCUCUUGCUGGAGGCAAGAAUUAUGAGCCUCACAGAUGUUGGGAAGAUAUAUUUGAUGCAAUUACUAAUGCUAAGCACUUGAUCUACAUUACUGGCUGGUCUGUUUAUACUGAAAUUUCUCUGGUAAGGGACUCCAGGAGGCCAAAGCCUGGUGGAGACAUCACUAUUGGUGAGCUGCUUAAGAAGAAAGCAAGUGAAGGUGUUAGGGUUCUAAUGCUUGUUUGGGAUGACAGAACCUCUAUUGAAAUAUUAAAAAAGGAUGGAUUGAUGGCCACCCAUGAUGAAGAAACUGAAAACUAUUUCCGGGACUCUGAUGUGCAUUGUGUUCUAUGCCCCCGUAAUCCUGAUGACGGUGGAAGCAUUAUUCAGGAUUUACAAGUCUCUACUAUGUUCACUCAUCAUCAGAAGAUUGUUGUGGUGGAUAGUGAAUUGCCUAGUGGAGGUUCACAGCAAAGGAGAAUUGUAAGUUUUGUUGGCGGUAUCGAUCUAUGUGAUGGGAGAUAUGACACGGCCUUUCACUCACUUUUCAGGACAUUGGACACUGUACACCAUGAUGAUUUCCACCAACCGAACUUUGCUGGGGCAUCAAUCACGAAAGGUGGUCCCAGAGAACCUUGGCAUGACAUUCACUCUCGGCUAGAAGGUCCCAUUGCUUGGGAUGUCUUAUUUAAUUUUGAGCAGAGGUGGAGAAAGCAAGGUGGUAAGGAUCUACUUGUUAAGCUGAGAGAGCUUGAUGAUGUCUUUAUUCCCCCAUCGCCUGUUAUGUUCCCGGAUGACCAUGAGACAUGGAAUGUUCAGUUGUUCAGAUCCAUUGAUGGAGGAGCUGCUUUUGGCUUCCCUGAGACACCUGAAGAUGCAGCUAGAGCUGGGCUUGUUAGUGGGAAGGAUAACAUCAUUGAUCGAAGCAUUCAGGAUGCUUAUAUCAAUGCUAUUCGACGUGCAAAAAAUUUCAUUUAUAUUGAAAAUCAAUAUUUCCUAGGAAGCUCUUAUGCAUGGAGUAGGGAAGGUAUUACACCUGAGGACAUUGGUGCUUUGCAUGUGAUUCCAAAGGAACUUUCACUUAAGAUUGUCAGUAAGAUUGAAGCAGGGGAGAGAUUUACUGUUUAUGUUGUCGUUCCAAUGUGGCCUGAGGGAAUCCCAGAGAGUGGAUCAGUUCAGGCAAUAUUAGAUUGGCAGAGGAGGACUUUGGAGAUGAUGUACAAGGAUAUUAUUCAGGCUCUUAGAGCUAAGGGUAUCGAGGAUGAUCCUCGGAACUAUCUGACAUUUUUCUGCCUUGGAAACAGGGAAGUAAAGAAGCCUGGAGAAUAUGAGCCUUCAGAAAAACCAGAGGAAGAUUCUGAUUAUAUCAGAGCCCAGCAAGCUCGGCGCUUCAUGAUAUAUGUUCAUACCAAGAUGAUGAUUGUUGAUGAUGAAUACAUAAUUAUCGGGUCAGCCAACAUCAAUCAGCGAUCAAUGGACGGUGCCAGGGACUCUGAGAUAGCCAUGGGAGCUUACCAACCUUAUCAUUUGUCAGCCAGGGAACCAGCACGUGGACAGAUCCAUGGGUUCCGUUUGUCACUGUGGUAUGAGCACCUUGGUAUGCUUGACGAAUCAUUCCUACAGCCAGAAAGUGAGCAUUGUGUGAGGAAGGUGAAUCAGAUCGCUGACAAGUAUUGGGAUCUAUAUUCAAGUGAGUCACUGGAAAGUGACCUUCCCGGUCACUUGCUUCGAUAUCCUAUUGGGAUUGCCAGCGAAGGAGAAAUUACUCCACUGCCAGGAUUCGAUUGUUUCCCUGACACAAAGGCUCAUGUCCUGGGUACCAAGUCCGACUACAUGCCUCCAAUCCUUACUACUUAGUUUGGUCUUUCCUACUUCUUUUUUUUUCUCCAUGUAGUGGUCUUUUAUGUGUUAUCUUUCUCUUGCUUUUACAGUACUCUUUAUGUAGUUACUCUAUAUGGUAGUAGGAUAAUAAUGCUGCUGGUGUCAUAACCUGCUUGCAUGUGUAUUUGGUUUUGUGAGAGGAUGUCCGUAACAGGUAUCUCGUGGUCUGGUAAUUGCAGUGUUGUAUUUGGUGCUGACUGAUAUGAACUUAUGGGUUGUGUUGA